CUUGUCAGUUCAUAUUAACCGUAAACGGACAAGUGCCUUGAACUACGGCGCCGCUCGCAGUGCCUCCAUCAGGCUUAGAAAAAUAAUCGAUCGAACAAGCGACGGCAGCACACCGCACUGCUCACAACUCUCAUCAUCAUUUUUAACGACGAGGAGGAUGGAAGCAGCGAUAGUGACAGAGACAUCGACGACAACGACUGGUCUGGUUCUAAAUGAUUCUCCAACUGUUGCACCGCAACGGUCCACAGUGACCAUUUUAGGAUCCUUUCUUCGACGCCCAAGAGGAACUUCUACUUCACACCCACAACAACAAUCACAACCAGAUUCACCUCCCUCUCCAACAGUCCCGCCAACAAACUUAAGACGACGAAGUUUUGCACCUUCAAUAAACAUAUCAUCAAAUAAUACGAACCUUGGUCCAAUUUCAAACAUACUGCGCCGCAGGCGGUCAGCUGGUACCGUCAACAACCAACCCGCUUCAUCCACCAUGCCCGCCGCCCAACCUCUCCUCCGUGCAACCACAUUCUCCAAUAACAACAGCAACCAAACCCAUCGUAUCCGCCUGGUCCCCCACCUCGACUCCCGCCGCACGCUCCGCUUUGAACCCAUAACCCGUGACCUCAAGGAUAACGACACCCCCCUCCGCAUCGGCCGCUUCACAGAUCGCUCAGGAAUCGGUCUCGCAGCAGUAAACGCCCUAAACACUAACAAACUCGCUUUCAAGAGCAAAGUCGUCUCUCGCGCCCAUGCUGAGAUAUGGGCUGACAACGGCAAAUUCUAUAUCAAAGAUACGAAAUCUUCUUCCGGGACUUUCCUCAAUCAUCUACGACUUAGUCCUGCGGGCUCGGAGAGUAAACCCCAUCAACUUAAAGAUGGCGAUAUCGUUCAGCUGGGCGUCGAUUAUCAAGGAGGCACCGAGGAUAUCUACAAGUCCGUAAAGAUUAGGAUCGAGGUAGGCAGGGAAUGGCAGGCUGCUCCAAAUGCUUUCAACACAAACGCCCUCUCACAACUUCGCUCCCUCUCCGCAGACCCCCACACCCAACCACCAAACGCCAUCACCCAUGGGAAGAAACGAAUGCCAAAGACUAACAUCCCCGAUUGUUGUAUCUGCCUAUUCGCAGUCACAAUCCGCCAAGCCCUUUUCAUAGCCCCAUGCAGCCACGCCUUCCACUACAAAUGCAUCCGCCCCCUCCUCGAAGCCCACACCUCCGCAUUCAGCUGUCCCCUCUGUCGCACAUUCGCAGAUCUCGACGAAGACGUCGAAGUCGACGCCGAGCUUGAACCAGAAGCUGAAAUCGAAGUCAUUUCAUCGCCUGAGGAAGACGACGAAGAAGAGGGGGGAGGGGAGAAGGAUAAGCUGGCCCCUCCGAUGGUGAGAGAUGGAGCUGAGACAGAGGUGGAGGGCGAUGCGAGGGGUACGCGCGCUAGGAUACGGACUGCGGGGCAUAUCGUUCAUCCUCAAUCACAACAACAGCCAAACCCAAAUCCACAAUGUCAAUCACACCCGUGCCCAACCGCCCAAUCCCAUUCACCCCAUGACGACGCAGAUAUCGACGAAGAGAUGAUGGAUCUGAUAGAUAUCGAUGUCGAUUCAGAUGAGGGAGAUGUAGAUGUGGGGGUGUUUGUGAGGGGUGGGAAUGGCAGCGGGAGUGGGAGCGGCAAUGGGAGUACGGAGGGGAUGGGUAUCGAGAGCGGGAUGGGAGGAGUGGCGAUGGUGGUGGAUGGGGAAGCCGUUAUCAGUGGGAAACGGAAACGUUGACACUCUGUGUCGAUGGCGCUUGUAUAAUCAUGCGUUGCCUUUCUUUCCUUUCUUUUCCUUUGUUCUUUGUUCCUCACCUCAAGCGGCCGGAAUCCGAAGAUUAUCUUAUUUUGUUGUUGUUGUUCAUCAUAUCUGGAGCUCAGCCUACUAUGGUUUUGUACACGUAGCCUUGACAUCGCAUGGUAUUUUGCAUGCAUGAACGUUCAUCACAAGUUAUACAUACUCUUACAUAGGUUCCAAACAGUUUCAUACGUUUAUCACUUUACAUACAUACAUACUCACUCCCUUCAUUCUCCGUUUUCGUUCCUCCUUGAUAUUAUCAUACACACACAUUCGUUCUUUUAUUCAAAUACUCUUUACGACGAAUUGUUAAUUAAGCUUAUUGUAACGUCUAUGCGAGUUGAGUUGAGUCGUGGAUUUGGACUAAUCGCCG